AUGGCCCCCUUUGUUGACACCCUGAGAGCCCAAGGGCCCCUGGUAGGCACCUUUGUCACAUUGACCUCGACAUUAUCGGCUGCAAUCGUGGGCGCCGCAGGGUACGACUGCGUGAUUAUUGACAUGGAGCAUGUUCCCACUUCAGCUCUGGAAGCCACACAUAUUGUUCACACGAUGGCCUCGGCCUCCAAGGGCACCUGCAUGCCCCUCGUCCGGGUGCCGUCCCACGGUGUGGAAUGGAUCAAAUGGGGGCUCGACAGCGGCGCCGCCGGCAUCGUUGUCCCCAUGGUAAACACACCCGAGGAAGCCCGUCAAAUCGUCCAAAGGGCUCGAUAUCCGCCCCUGGGGCAGCGAAGCUAUGGUCCGGCCUAUGCGCCCUUCGCGGACCCGGCGUCCGAUCGCUCAGCGGGUCAGUACUUUAACAGCACUGCGCAAGGAUUGGCAGUCUUGCCUAUGAUUGAGUCCGCGACCGGUGUUGAAAAUGCAGAUGCCAUAUUGGCGACAGAGGGAGUCAGUGGCGCAUUUGUUGGGCCUUUUGAUCUGCGAUGUUCGCUAGGUCUCCCGGGUGGUGACGGGAAAGAGGAUCGCUUUCUCGACGCCCUGAAACGGAUUGCGGCGGCGGCGAAAAAGGCCGGCAAACCUGUUGGUAUAUAUACGGGCUCCAAGGAGCAAAUGGAACGCAACUUGAGCCUUGGCUUUGAGUACAUUCUUUACCAGGGUGACUCGUCCCUUCUUGCCAACGCGGUCAAGGCUUCGGUUGAGGAAGCGAGAUCAGUCAUCAAGCAGGCAAAGUCUUCAUAA